CGUUUAUUCGCUGCUCUCCGACGCGGGAGUGCGAAGUUCACGCGCUCUCGGCUAUAUUCGUUAUAAAGUCUACGUUACGCGUGUUAUUCUACUGUACGCGAGCUGCCGGGCGCAUCUACACGAGAACGUCUUGUUAUCGUAUAGUCGUUGCUCGUCCAAUAUUAUAGUGUACACAAUAUACCUAUAUACGCAUGGUAAUAUUAUAAACAUAUUAUACAUUGUAUAUUAAAAUUAUGGUGAGCACUUUUGUUUUCUGCCCCGUUCCCGCGUCAUAACGAUCAACGAAACGUUACGAUUGAUUCCGUACCGCUGCAUCGUCGACGGCGCCGUCAACAUCGCGCAUUAAAAUCCAACCGAUCGUCCGAAUAUUCCGAAUAGUAUAAUCGCGAUCGUGUUCCGGCGGCGACGCAGAAGAUGCCGAAACUUUGCUGGAGAAAACCCGUCAGAACACGCGAUGACGUUACAACGAUGACCUUGUGCGAGUCUUCCGAGGAGAAGGCGUCUCCAACUAAGUUAACAGCUUACCGAAAGGCGAUCGACAAUUUAGACAACGACCGGAAAUGGCAAACCGAUACGGCCGUGGGAAAAAGGAUCGGUCUGUACAAGCUGAGUGGAGAGCUGGGCAAAGGCAAUUUUUCGCAAGUGAAAACUGGAUACCACGAGUUGACCAAAGAACGAGUGGCAAUCAAAAUAUUAGACAAGACAAAAUUGACGGCGAAAGCGAAGAAAAUGCUGUCCCGGGAGAUCUCCGUCAUGGAAUCGAUACAUCAUCAAAAUGUUAUUCGACUGUUCGAAGUAAUCGAGACGUAUACAAAAUACUAUUUGAUAAUGGAGCAUGCGGCAGCCGGGGAACUGUUCAAAAGGUUAAUAUCCGAGGGCAGAAUGCACGAGUCGGAAGCGAAAAAUAUUUUCUCUCAGAUCGUGUUGGCCGUCAAACACCUGCACGACCGCAACAUCGUUCACAGAGACAUCAAAGCGGAGAACGUGUUUUUGAGUUCCAGAGGCGUCGCCAAAUUAGGAGACUUCGGCUUUAGCAUCACAGUUUCAAACAACGAAAAGUUGGAAACGUUCUGCGGGUCACCACCGUAUGCCGCUCCCGAACUGUUCCUAGACGAGCGUUACGUCGGCCGUCCUGUCGAUGUUUGGUCGCUGGGUGUGCUGUUGUUCUUCAUGACCACCGCCACGAUGCCUUUCCUAGGGGACAACAUGGCUGGACUUAGACGGUCAAUACUAGCGGGGCAUGUGAACUCACCCGCGUGUAUGUCCCAGCUGUUAAAGUCACUCAUAGAUUCCAUGCUCAACACAUCGCCCGAACACCGAUUCGACAUCGAUCAGGUGCUCAAGUCCGACUGGCUACGGGAGGCGUCCGCGUAUCAGAUACGGUUCAACAACAACUCGGUAUACGGUCAGUGGUGCGCUUACCCGACGGCGGCCGGCGCUGAGCUUACCGACACUGAGACCAAUGCCAGAAAAGCGCUCGAAGGACUUGGCAUAACCGAAGCCAUGCUUGACGAACACAGCUCCCGAGGGUCAAGGAGUAACGUGGUGGCGACGUAUCGGAUAGUGGUCAACAGGCUAUUGCAGCAGCGCAGGCUCAUGGGGCAGCAGCAUCACAUGCAACACCAGAACUCGACCAUGCAGCAUCCGCAGACCGCUUCCGGCCGGAAACCCACCAAGACCAAGUCCCGGUUGUGUGCCAUAACGUGAGAACCGGCUCGGUGACUAUUGCCGCCAUCAGACCAACAAGCACACACCCACACACACUAGACACCCACAUUAACACUCCUACAACUCAAUUCCCAACCCCUGGCCGAAAUAUAAUGCGGUCGUCGAACGUGUAUAUUAUAUAUAUAUAUAUAUAUAUAUAUAUAUACACACAUUCGUACAUAUAAUAUCGAUUAAUUAUUAUAUAAUUAUGCCACGUAUUAUAACGUACGAUAACUGUUUACUAUGUAGACGCUGCAAAGUUUAAGACAUGCCUAAAUAUAGGUAAAAUAUCGAAUAGCUUAGCGUGCGAUUAUUAAGUAUAUUUUAUUAUACAUGGAAUGUUAUACCACCUAUUAUUUAUUAAUGUAUACCCACAGUGUACGUCUGCUGAUAUUGCGUUCGUUAUAUAAAUUUGUAAUAUUUUGUUAAUGUAUAAUAUAUUAUUAUAUACAUACUAAGUGCCAUCGAUACACUAUAAAUUAUUGCCUAUAUAACAUUAGAUUGAUACGAAUAUACGUAUAUCAUAUAUUAUGUAAUAUGGCCAUGUCAAAGUUGCGUUUUACUGUAGAUGAGCGACGAAUGGCGUGUUAUUAUAGACUAAUAAGCGUAUGCAACUAUACAAGAUCAUACGUACAUAGUUUUUAAGCAAAUAUUAUAUUAUGUUAUAUGUACCUAUAUAUAUAUAUAUUAUUUAAUAUUAUACAGACUGUUUUCAAUGCAUAUAUAGAUAUUAAACUUGUUAUUAUUCGACGGUGAAAUAAUAUUACCAACGGGUGUUUCUUUUUUUUUUGGAUAUUGAAUUUGAAUCUAUAUAAUAUAUAUAUAUAUAUCAUGUUAUUAAGCAAGCUUAAGAAUUGUUAUAUGACGUGUCUGGACAUUUCGUGUUAUUAUAUUAUAUAGUUUUAAGGUCUUAUACGUGUACCUAUUAUAUUAUAGUUCUUUAUAAAACUGACAUUUUGUCUACAACACUAUGAUAUCAUUGUAUUACGAAUUUACUCGAGAUCAUUUUACUAUGUCUAUAUUCAACUCGAUAAAAGUUGAAUAAUACUAUAUACCUCGAUUGAGAAAAUAUAUUGACCUGAUAAAACA